AUGAUGCUAUUCAAGAAGAGCAGUAGACCCACAUUAGCAGCUCCACCACCGCAGCCUGCGCAAGCUGUCAAACGAGUAGCAAGUGCCCGGAACUUGCUCCGCAAGAUAUCGAUACCCAAUUUCAACUCAUCAUCAGCAGCAGCUACCACCACCACCACCACUACAACAUCGGCGGCAGCAGUACUUGCUCCACCUCGACCUCGGCAAAAUGCUCAACCAGAAGAUAUUAACCAUGUACUCCAGACGAAACCUAAUCCCACUGGAGUCAAUUGCACGCCGCCUUUGCCAGCUCCUGAAUCUGGUCUCGAGAAAACCAAAUAUUUACCACUACCGCCGUCGCUGUCGCCAGACACGCGUCACGAGAGCAAAAUUCUAGAUGACAGCUUUAUACUUGACCUAUAUGACUCCCUUGACCAUUCGGAAAGCUUGAUCUCCGUCAGCGUCACCCAGCUGGAACUAGAGCCAGAGCUCCAGCAUUCGCCACAGCUCCAGCAAUCGCCACAGCAGGAACAAAUGCCCAGCCCGAGAUCAGAACUCACUUUUGAAGAAGAAGCAAUGAGCUAUUCCACCAUGAUCGAAUCGACACCCAUGCGCGAAUCGGACGCCAUGUCUGUGACCGAUGCCAAUAUCCAGAUUUUCAAACGAGCCCAUUUGGAAUCGAGAAAUAGCCUCCAUCUUGUGGAAAAUAAGACACUUGCUCAACGUGGCUCGCCUAAGAUAUCGCGAAAUAAGUCACUGCUGAGUACGAUUCAAGCUGGUCUUGAACAAACAGAAACAGAAAUAGAAAUAGAAGCAGAAACUGAAACUGAAACUGAAACUGAAACUGAAACAAAACCAAAACCAAAACCAAAAAUAGAAGGAGAAACAGAAGCAGUGCCUGACUUUACCAGGACAGAAAUGGUGAGUGAAUUUGACGAUUUGCAUUUGCUAGAGUUGAUGCUACUCGAAGAAAAACACAAGUACGAAUUGAAACAACAAGAACGCGAGAUCCACCGGCUCCGAACCCAGUUGAAGAAACAACGCUUGCUCAAUGUCCAUUUGGCUACCCAGUUGGAAUUUGCAAACAGUUCCAAGCAAACCACCGAGAAUGCCCCUAAUUCAAGUGUUUUGUUAAUACCGCCGGUGCAACCUGAUUGUGCUUCGCUUAUGUCGUCGGAUGAUUCAAUCAUGAGUAGUGUUCCUUCAACCAAGUCGUAA